CCUGUCCGUGUGGGCGGCCCCGUGAGGAGAGAGCGAAACACGACACCCGAGAGAGGAACCAGGGGGAGGAGAAAGAGUAGCCACAGAGUACAGAAUGUUAGUGAGUGAAGGAAGAAAGAAAGUCUAAAGAGAGGACGACUGCUAUUCUACAGAACGGUUAUUUUAGCGACAAUAUGUCAAACAACGGGGAAGAUGCGAUUGAGAUGGAGUAAACAACUCGACAGUUCGUGAAAGUAUAUGCAAACAAGGAAAGAUACGGGUUUUCGGUUCGUGUGCUUGUCAGGACGGUUGACCGUGUUCCGCUGCACCUCGAACAGGACAAGGCGAAGUUGCCGUGGGACAAACAGCAGUGAGCUACAUCAACUGACUGCGAUUCGGGUAAAGUAACGUUACCCCGAUCGCUACAGUUGAGGAAGGGGGUAUUGGGAAAGAAAGUGGAGGCAAAUGGGCCCGCGAGUGGAGCAACAGUGGAAAGUUUAACGUUAGCCUGUUCCCCCCUCGUUGUUCCAUUCCGAACCAAAGGAAGGGCUCAGAGGGAGACGACUUUUCCUUCCACAAACGCUACUGAAUUGAGAUCCACCAAACUCGCUAGCUAACGUAAACUAUCCUGCAACACUCAAAAUGAAAACCCCCGGAGAUUCGGGGUUUGCCUUUCCAGACUGGGCCUACAAACCUGAGUCGAGCCCCGGCUCGCGACAGAUCCAGCUGUGGCACUUCAUCCUGGAGCUGCUGAGAAAGGAGGAGUACCAUGAUGUCAUCGCCUGGCAGGGGGACUAUGGAGAGUUUGUCAUCAAGGACCCUGACGAGGUGGCCCGGUUAUGGGGGGCCCGCAAGUGCAAACCCCAGAUGAACUAUGACAAGCUGAGCAGGGCACUCCGGUAUUACUACAACAAGAGAAUCCUCCACAAGACCAAAGGGAAGAGGUUCACCUACAAGUUCAACUUCAACAAACUGGUCCUGGUCAACUACCCUUUCAUAGACAUGGGCUCCACAGGUAGUGGUGUUCCUCAGAGUGCCCCACCAUUGCCUUCCGCAGCCGGAACUCAUUUCCGCUUCCCACCCUCCACGCCAUCUGACAUGCUUUCACCCAAUGAGGACCUGCGUAGCCCCGGGGGCGUGUUCAGCGCCGUGGCUCGGCGCAUGGCGCGCGGCUCGGUCAGCGACUGCAGCGAUGGGACCUCCGUCAACUCUGAGAUCGAGGACGGCAACGGGGGAGGAGGGGAGGAGAGGGGGGAGAGAGAGGGGGGGGGCGGGGGAGUAGUAGGAGGUCCAGGGGGAGGAGGGUACAGGAGUAUGAUCCACCCCCGUAUGUCCCAUGAGUCUCUGUUUAGGAUGUAUGGUGGAGCAGGGAACCCCAACGCCCACCCAGGCUCCCGCGGCCCCCUGGGACACAGGGUCCACCCCGACAACCUGUCCCCCUUCCCCGUGUCCCCCCUGCCUGGCCCUGGGGGUGCAGGGCUCUUAGCCCCACCUCUGUCCCCAGCCCUGUCCUUGACCCCCUCCUCCCACCUGCCCUACACCCCGUCCCCCUCCCUCUCCCCCAUGCUGGGCUCCCACUUCUCCUUCAACCCUGAGGAAAUGAAGCGUUACCUGCAGGCCCACCACCAGAGUGUUUACAACUACCAUCUCAGCCCCAGAGCCUUCCUCCACUACCCCAACGUCAUCAUUCCCCAGCCACACCGCCUCGCCCAAGACAAGAGAGAACUGGGCGAGAGGGGAGGAGCAGAGAGAGGAGGAGAACGCUCAGGUCUGAAUAGUCAUCGACACCCAUCACCCCUGUCCCAAUCCCACUCUCCUCACCCGCACUCAGCCCUACCCCACCCGCACUCAGCCCACCCUCACUCGGCCCAUUCCCACCCCCACCCCAUCCACCACCCACUGCACCUGGGUGAGGAGCCGCCUCACCUCUCGCCCUUCAAGUUCAAGCUGCAGCCUCCUCCAUUGGGUCGGAAGCAGAGGGACGGUAGCCAGAACCACCACCCCAGGCAGAGCUCACUGUCCUCGGGCUCAGGGUCCCUGUCGUCCUCCGGUCUGGGGUCCUCCCUGUCCUUCGGCAGUGACCUGAGCUCAGCCGGCGGGUCAGGACUCAUCUCCAACUCCUCCUCCACCGGCUCCCUCAACAGCACCGGGCUGCCCAAGAUCAAGGUGGAGCCCAUCUCAGAUAUUGAGUCAGAAGAGGAGGUGGAGGUGACUGACAUCAGCGACGAAGACCCCGACGACCGGGGCGACGAGUACGACCUCUUUUCCCCCCGACACCCCCGGCCUCACCCCCACCACCCCAACGGGACCUCCUCCCACACACACCCCCACGACGAGGACCUGGAUGAGGAUGUCUUCAAGGCCCCCGCGCCCCCCCCUCCAGGCCUGCUGCCCUUCUUCACCUCCCACCCCCACCGCGGACCUCCCACCCUGAAGAGUGAGCCGGCCGAGCCAGGCGACACCCCCCCUCCCCGGCCCCCCUCCCAGGGGCAGACCAAGUGCAUUCCACUCAAGCUGCGCUUCAAACGGCGCUGGAGUGAAGACCAACGAAUGGAGGCCAUGGAAGAGCAGGACGACAAGAAAGUACGAGGGGAGAAGGAGAGGGAAAGAGAGACGGAGAAGAAUGGAGGUAUGCAGGAGAACGGGGCUGGCAGCGCCCCCAGUCCCCCAGCCCUGGGGGCGUAUGAGUGUUCCCUCCCGUUGGCUCAGAGGGGGGUGAACCAGGACCUGCACCAGGCCACCGCCCAACUGUCACUGGAGAACAAGGACUGCUGAUGCUGAUCCACACACAUAGGGAUACAUAGAAACACUAAUGCUAGCAGACAGUGGUGGUUUCGGACAGUGUAAAUGACUCCUGAGGUCCUCCUGCCACUCUGACAGACAGACAGUUCUCUCCUAACUCAAACUAAACCUGGGCCUAAUCAAACUCCAAACCCUGAUGCAGUCCACACCCUCCUCCCAAAGCCCUUACCUUCUACUGUAACGAGACCCCUCCCUCAGAGACUGUUGAAGAAGAGAGGGGACUUUUGGUCCAAGCAAGCCCAGACUCAGUGACUUAAACCAGGGGCAGAACCAGAGGGGACACUACUCUCUGCUUGUGUCUGGAUGGAACCCCCAAGCCAGUUUCCUGUCCAGCCCACCGUCAGCCUCAUAUCCAGCCUCCAGCCCAGCACUGCCCCACAUCUCCUGACCCAGCUCUUUUGCCUCACCUUUCCUGCCUUCUGGCCCCCCCUCUAGGGUUAGUCUGUCUUUCUCCUCAGGGGACCCCAACUCAGGCAGCCCAGCCCCCUGGCUUUCCAGCCCUGCAGACAUGGAGGAUGAGAUUUCCCCCAUUUUAUUUUUGUAUAGAGAUGAAGACGGGGCUUCUACAAGUGCCUGUACCUGUAUCAGACACACAGAGAGAGAGAGAAGACAGAGGAGGAAAGCAUCGGUGUAAGAGUACGACCCUGAAGAAGCACAGUGAUGCCGAAACGUUGGUGAUUUACCCAAUAAAUGACCGGGAGUUUAUACAUAAAGUGCGACUCUCGCUAUUAUUUAUGUAAUAGUAUCCCCCCUGUUCUUACCCAUAACAGACACACAGGAAAGUUGGGCUGUCGAUUGGGGGCUGUGGAACCUAGUCGUGGUAAACUGGCAGACUCCUUCUCGCAACACUGGCCACUCCACUCAGGGAUGCCACAGACACACACACACCAGCUGUUGGGGAAACGGGCAGUGGACAGGACUUUGGGACAUGGAGGCUUUGCUCUUGGACUGCUACUGAAGGGUACUGCUAUUCAACACACACGUUAUUUCUCUCUAACACUCCUCUGUCAUCACUUUGGUACUUUCCUCUCUUUCUGUCAUCUUUUCUCUCUCUCUCCUACUUCCUUCCCUUUCUUUUGUGGACCAUGCCUGAAAGAUCCUGAUCUAAAUGAGAGAAGGGAGAGGGUGGAGGAUAAACGGAGGGGGAGGGAGCAGUGGCUCGGUUGUUAGAUGACAGAGAGGAACAGCGAGGGGACCAUUGUGAGGGGGAGAGAGCUCUCCUAUGGAAAAGGAGAGUGAGGGGUCCAUUAUCUUUUAACUGUUAGCUUAGCCUUGUCUAUCCCAUGGCAGGGCAGAAGCAAGGGCCACCUGCACAGAAUCCUAGUUCACCAACUCCACCCAAAUCCCUUACUCCUGUUCGAUCAACCAUAGUCUCAUAGUGUUAACUAAACCAGCAGAAUACGCAUACAACACCGCAUAUGCAAGCACACCUGUAGACACACACACAUAUAUAUAUAUACACACACACACACACACACUGCCUCUCUAUGCCUUGUUUUAUAGUGUGUUUUAAACUGUGUUUAAAACUCUUUACAAGAGUCUUAGUAAAAAAUAAAAAAUAAAACGAGAAAGUCCUACUGAGAUAUGCACACUCAUAUAAACUAUAUAUUUAUACACUGAACAAAAACAUAAAUGCAACAUGUAAAGUGUUGGUCCCAUGUUUCAUGAGCUGAAGUAAAAGAUCCCAGACAUUUUCCAUACACACAAAAAGCUUGUUCCUCUCAAAUUUUGUGCACACAUUUGUUUACAUCCCUGUUAGUGAGCAUUUCUCCUUUGCCAAGAUAAUCCAUCCAGCUGACAGGUGUGGCAUAUCAAGAAGCUGAUUAAACGGCAUGAUCUUCACACAGGUGCACCUUGUGCAUGGGGUCAAUAAAAGGCCACUCUAAAAUGUGCAGUUUUGUCACACAACACAAUGCCACAGAUGUCUCAAGUUUUGAGGGAGCGUGAAAUUGGCAUGCUGACUGCAGGAAUGUCCACCAGAGGUGUUACCAAAGAAUUGAAUGUUAAUUUCUCUGCCAUAAGCCGCUCCAACGUCAUUUUAGAGAAUUUGUCAGUACGUCCAACCGCCCUCACAACCGCAGACCACGUGUAUGGCGUCGUGUGGACGAGCGGUUUGCUGAUGUUAAUGUUGUGAACGGAGGUGUCCCAUGGUGGCGGUGGGGUUAUGGUAUGGGCAGGCAUAAACUACGGACAACGAACACAAUUACAUUUUAUUGAUGGCAAUUUGAAUGCAUAGAGACACCGAUUGCCCAUUGUCGUGCCAUUCAUCCACUGCCAUCCCCUCAUGCUUCAGCAUAAUGCACGGCUCCAUGUCGCAAGGAUCUGUAUACGGUUCCUGGAAGCUGAAAAUGUCCCAGUUCUUCCAUGGCCUCUGCAUACUCACCAGAUGUCACGCGUUGAGCAUGUUUGGUAUGCUCUGGAUCAACGUCUUCGACAGCGUGUUCCAGUUCCCGCCAAGAUCCAGCAACUUUGCACGCCAUUGAAGAGGAGUGGGACAACAUUCCACAGGCCACAAUCAACAGCCUGAUCAACUCUAUGCUACCUUUUUUCUUUAAAGGUAUCUGACGAAUCGAUGAGUAUCUCUAUUCCCAGUCAUGUGAAGUCCUUAGAUUAGGACCAAAUUUAUGUAAAUUGACUGAUUUCCUUCUAUGAACUGUAACCCAGUAAAAUCUUUUAAAUCGUUGCAUGUUACGUUUAUAUUUUUGCUCAGUAUAUAUUAUAUAUGAAAUUCCAAACUGAUAUAAAAAACUAAAACAAAAUGCCAUUUAAUGAAAUGACAGAUUCAGGAUGUUUUUGUAAGUGAUUUGUUCUGGUAGGCGAGGGGAGAGAAUGUCCUGUUUCUCAGCGGGUAAACUUCCUUAGGGGAGGGAGACAACGGGAUGGGUAGGAGUCCAAAUGUUUUGUUAUGACCAAGGGACAACAAACGACACAGGAUAGAAAGACAAAAUGAUGAAAAUAAUGAGAAUCAUGAAAGAACUGCAUUGUAGUACACUGAAUAUAUACAGCAGUUGUCAUUUGAACUUGACUAUUCUGUCUGCCAUCACGGUCCGCUACUCCCUCUCAGCUUGUAGAAGACCUGACCACUGUCACCUGUCCCCAGUCUCCCUCUGGGCUGGUCUCACCUUGAUAGUGCACCUCUAUGGGGACCUCACCUCACUAAUGGACCUCACAACUCAUCUCCGGCCCCAGUGGGGGUGAAUGAGCUCAGGGUUAGCCAGGACUGGGGAUUUUAGUCGAUGACAAAUCCUGUCAUUUCUCAGCUCUACCCAGUUAAGCCGGUUAUCUAAAGCGGACAGUUUACUAAUCGUGACUGCUCUAGCUAUAUUCCCAGCAGGUUGGUGGAGGCUGAGGUUAAUGAUUGCUGUACAGAUAACAGUGGAGGCUGGAAAGAUGACAUUAGACUUCACCUGGAAUACCCUGCCCACUCUCUCAAACACACACACACACACACAGACUCACAUUUCCAAACCCCUCCCACACAUUCUACCUGCACUGUUUUGCUGCUUUGAUGUUUUGACAUCCUGGAGCAUUAGAGGUCUGGAGACUGAGCCAAACGGCCCUCUGAUUGGCUCAGGGCAAUCAAAGACUUGACCAACCAGUAAGAACUCUAACAGGGGCCUCUGGGAUGGCAGGCCUCCAGACUGGCAGGUGUGUGGCUGAGCAAGUUACAAUCAUUGGACUACUGUUAUUGUCCAUCCUGGUGGUGUUGUAUAUGUGACCACACACACACACUCUCUGACCCCUCACCUCCACCUCACCCUGUGUCUAUUGAAACUGACAGCUGCCUUAUAAACUACUCAUCAUAUCUAAGCAACAGACUGGGCAUUAUUCUGCUUGUUCUCUUUUCUCUGCUUCACUCUUCAUCCCUCUUUCUCUCUGUUGCCAGCAUUGUCUGUCUACCUGACUGUUAACUGCAGCGUGAUCUUUUAUCAGGAUGGUGUGGGAUGGCGAUUCCCAGGUCUCAUGUCUAAGUCGGCAGUCAGGAGAAGCUAGAGAAAGUGUAGAAGGAUAACAUUUCUUUAGCAAAGAUUAAAAAUACCCUCAAUGUUCUUUUCCUUUCUGAUGUCGAUAUUGCUGUUUAUUAUUGUUGUUGUUAUUGUUAUGGUUGGAUUUACUUACCUCCCCAUCCUUCUCAUUAUUAGCCCAUGGUUGAGUUACUACUGCUUUAGGGUUGUUGUGAACUGUACAUCACACUGUCAUUGUGACGUAGACCUCUCCUCCAUGCUUCUGUUUUGACCCCCUACCAGCUCCUGCCCCCUCCUCAGUCUUUCAUGUGGUUUUAACAUUUGUAAUAUAAACUAAAGUGUAAUAUUCAUUCUGAGAGGGGUUGUUAUGGCGACAGAGAAGAGGUUGGCAGGGGGAGGAUUUUAUUGUGGAGGGGGAUACAUAUGAUUUGAUCUUGUCAUGUAUUGUCAUUUCUAUUUUACAAUGUUACUUUCUCUCUUGGUCUUGUAUAUUUUUUUUUUCAUUUUGGGGAUUGUUCCAUUUAAAAGAAAAACAGAUUUGUAUUGUUUUACUAUGUAAAGGUCCCCCCCCCCCAUGCGGUUAUAUAACACUCAAACAGAGAGAUGAGAUUUAAUACCAUGAUGUAACAUUGAAUUUCUCUUUAAUUCUUUUGUUUGUUUUUCAAACUUGUCAUUAAGCUGUAAUCAGGGUUAAUUAAAACUGGUUAUAAACCAA